AUGUCUCAGUGGGACAUUCCCCCUUCUCAGUGGCACAUUGACCCUUCUCAGUGGCACAUUGACCCUUCUCAGUGGGACAUUCCCCCUUCUCAGUGGGACAUUCCCCCUUCUCAGUGGGACAUUCCCCCUUCUCAGUGGGACAUUCCCCCUUCUCAGUGGCACAUUCCCCCUUCUCAGUGGGACAUUCCCCCUUCUCAGUGGGACAUUGACCCUUCUCAGUGGGACAUUGACCCUUCUCAGUGGGACAUUCCCCCUUCUCAGUGGGACAUUCCCCCUUCUCAGUGGCACAUUCCCCCUUCUGAGUGUGACAUUCCCCCUUCUCAGUGGCACAUUCCCCCUUCUGAGUGGGACAUUGACCCUUCUCAGUGGCACAUUCCCCCUUCUCAGUGGCACAUUCCCCCUUCUGAGUGGGACAUUGACCCUUCUCAGUGGGACAUUCCCCCUUCUCAGUGGGACAUUGACCCUUCUCAGUGGGACAUUCCCCCUUCUCAGUGGGACAUUCCCCCUUCUCAGUGGCACAUUCCCCCUUCUCAGUGGGACAUUCCCCCUUCUCAGUGGCACAUUCCCCCUUCUCAGUGGCACAUUCCCCCUUCUCAGUGGCACAUUCCCCCUUCUCAGUGGGACAUUCCCCCUUCUCAGUGGCACAUUCCCCCUUCUCAGUGGGACAUUCCCCCUUCUCAGUGGCACAUUCCCCCUUCUCAGUGGCACAUUCCCCCUUCUCAGUGGGACAUUCCCCCUUCUCAGUGGCACAUUCCCCCUUCUCAGUGGCACAUUCCCCCUUCUCAGUGGGACAUUCCCCCUUCUCAGUGGGACAUUCCCCCUUCUCAGUGGCACAUUCCCCCUUCUCAGUGGGACAUUCCCCCUUCUCAGUGGGACAUUCCCCCUUCUCAGUGGCACAUUCCCCCUUCUCAGUGGCACAUUCCCCCUUCUCAGUGGGACAUUGACCCUUCUCAGUGGGACAUUCCCCCUUCUCAGUGGCACAUUCCCCCUUCUCAGUGGCACAUUCCCUCUUCUCAGUGGCACAUUCCCCCUUCUCAGUGGGACAUUCCCCCUUCUCAGUGGGACAUUGACCCUUCUCAGUGGGACAUUGACCCUUCUCAGUGGGACAUUCCCCCUUCUCAGUGGGACAUUCCCCCUUCUCAGUGGCACAUUCCCCCUUCUGAGUGUGACAUUCCCCCUUCUCAGUGGCACAUUCCCCCUUCUGAGUGGGACAUUGACCCUUCUCAGUGGCACAUUCCCCCUUCUCAGUGGCACAUUCCCCCUUCUGAGUGGGACAUUGACCCUUCUCAGUGGGACAUUCCCCCUUCUCAGUGGGACAUUGACCCUUCUCAGUGGGACAUUCCCCCUUCUCAGUGGGACAUUCCCACUUCUCAGUGGCACAUUCCCCCUUCUCAGUGGGACAUUCCCCCUUCUCAGUGGGACAUUCCCCCUUCUCAGUGGGACAUUGACCCUUCUCAGUGGGACAUUCCCCCUUCUCAGUGGCACAUUCCCCCUUCUCAGUGGGACAUUCCCCCUUCUGAGUGGGACAUUCCCCCUUCUCAGUGGCACAUUCCCCCUUCUCAGUGGCACAUUCCCCCUUCUGAGUGGGACAUUCCCCCUUCUCAGUGGCACAUUCCCCCUUCUCAGUGGCACAUUCCCCCUUCUCAGUGGGACAUUCCCCCUUCUGAGUGGGACAUUCCCCCUUCUCAGUGGGACAUUCCCCCUUCUGAGUGGGACAUUGACCCUUCUCAGUGGGACAUUCCCCCUUCUCAGUGGCACAUUCCCCCUUCUGAGUGGGACAUUCCCCCUUCUCAGUGGGACAUUCCCACUUCUGAGUGGGACAUUGACCCUUCUCAGUGGGACAUUCCCCCUUCUCAGUGGCACAUUCCCCCUUCUCAGUGGGACAUUGACCCUUCUCAGUGGGACAUUCCCCCUUCUCAGUGGCACAUUCCCCCUUCUCAGUGGGACAUUGACCCUUCUCAGUGGGACAUUCCCCCUUCUCAGUGGCACAUUGACCCUUCUCAGUGA